AUGUCCUUCCUCUUCCCACGCCACGGCGCCGACCACAGCGACAUGGACAUGGGCAGCGCGCCCGUCGUUGCCGCCGCCGCCACCGAUGCCCACGGCCACGACUCCAUGGGCUCCAUGAUGAUGACCAUGGUCUUCCAGACAAACAUGGAGACAGCCCUCUACUCCAACUCGUGGACUCCCCGCAGCCCGGGCGCCUACGCCGCCACCUGCCUCUUCCUCAUCGCCCUCGCCGUCAUCGGCCGCCUGCUCCUCGCCGCAAAGUCGCUCCAGGAGGCCCGCUGGCUCGACCGCGACACAAACCGCCGCUACAUCGCCUCCAACGGCAGGAUGCAGCUCGCAGAGUACAUCACCCGCGACCCGGACGCCAAGCAGAUGACGCUGUCCGAGAACGGCAUCGAGGAGUCGGUCGUCGUCGUCGGCCGCAAGGGCACCAUUGCCCGGCCCUGGCGCUUGAGCGUCGACCCCGUCCGCGCCGUCAUGGACACCAUCCUCGCCGGCGUAGGAUACUUGCUCAUGUUGGCCGUCAUGACCAUGAACGUGGGCUACUUUCUAUCCGUCCUGGCAGGUGUCUUCGUCGGAAGCUUGGCCGUCGGCCGCUACAGCGCCACGUCCGCCGACCAUUGA